AGUUAUUUUCAGUCAUCACUAUAUAUUGAUAAUUGACUAAUUGUCGCGGAUACUUCAGAAUUUUCCCGAAUAUUUGUGUCGUAAAUGUUCAACAGUUUGCGACUGACCGUACCAGACAUGCGCGCAUCCCCACGCGUUGGUUCACAACUUUUUUGAAGCCAUACCAGCAAUGUCUUUCCGAGGAGGUGGAGGGGGUUUCCGAGGAGGCCGUGGAGGUGGGUUUGGAGGAGGCCGUGGAAGGGGUUAUGGAGGUGACCGAGGCGGUCGUGGCGGCUUCAGGGGUCGUGGAGGAGGCAGGGGAAGAGGAGGGUACAACAACUACGACCAGGGACCCCCAGCAGAGGUCACAGAGGCCGGCCACUACGUCCAUCCUUGUGAGGGUGACCUUGUGUGUAAAGCCGACCUUGUAGAAAAGGUUCCGUACUUCAACGCGCCCAUCUACCUGGAGAAUAAGGAACAGAUCGGCAAGGUGGAUGAGAUCUUCGGAGGCAUCAAGGACUAUUAUUUCUCAGUGAAACUUGGUGAGAACAUGAAAGCUCAUUCCUUCUCCAAAGACCAAAAGUUCUACAUUAGCACAGAAAAGCUGCUCCCGCUACAGAGAUUCCUCCCUCAGCCUCCUGGUGCAAAGAGAGGGAGGGGUGGUGGAAGAGGAGGAAGGGGUGGUGGAAGAGGAGGCCGAGGUGGAAGAGGGGGGUUCGGUGGAAGAGGAGGAUUCGGUGGAAGAGGGGGGUUCCGUGGAGGCGGCAGAGGAGGAGGGGGUGGAUUCAGAGGGAGAGGAGGUGGUGGUGGGUUCCGUGGCAGAGGCAGGGGAGGAUACUGACCAUACAACUGAACCUCUUUUUAGAAUCUUGAUUUCAGUUCUUUCUGAUGAUGUGUUGAAUAUUCUAAAGACCAACACUUUGGUUACAUAGAACCAAAAUAAACUUUCUAACACCUCUACUUCAACUGCCAGUUGUGCAAAAUAAAAAUGAUUUCAGUUUUACUUCUUUUCAAUGAUAUGUUGAAUGUUCUUAAGACCAAAACUGCAUCAAUUUAAAAGUACCUAACACCUGAACAUCAGCUACCAUUGAACACAAUGAAAUGUACUAUUAUUUACUCUGUUGUAUAGGUCAUACUCAGUUUAUCUUCCUUCAUUUAGACCUCUUUUAUAUUGCUGAAUUUUUAAAGCAUAUUUGGGGGCCAAAUAUCUGUAGACUUGAAUCCAAUUGAUAUCUCUUUUUGAUAAGUUACAAACAUAAUAUUUUGGCGAGUUGAGGGUGUAUUGUCUAUGAUACGGAUGAUGAUAUUGAUAACAUGUUAUUCUGCUGAUCUGA